AUGGGUUGUAGCUGUGGUGGCGGGAAACGACACGUCGACGAAAUGGACUUUAGACGCGUUGGCUUGCAAAUUCGGCAUGCGUACUCGUUGUUGGAUGUGAAAGAGUAUUGUGGCCAGAGUAAUAGGAAUAAAUUCGGUCAUUCUUUAUUGACACUGUUAAUUGAUUCUUCCACCUUGUUGGUAGAGGUGGCGAAAGUUCGGGCAGCGCAGGGAUGGAAGGAACUUCGGGUUGAUUGUCCAAUAUCAUCUUUUUGGGGCAAAGAAAAUGUCACCGGAUUUCAGCUUCAGAUUGAAGAGGCAACAGAACUAGCAAUAACUAUGUAUCAGCAGGGAUUUCGUGAUCGAUGUGACAGCGACAUAAUGGUUUUGUUGCACAGAGGCAGUACAGGCAACGCACCAAUUGGUGACCUUAUCGCGAGGUGUGUACGCUUUCACUGA